AGGGAUAAAAAGGAAAAACAGCUAAUGGAAGUGACUUAAAGAAAUUGUGUCUUGCUUGAGUGGGUACCUCUUGGUGCAUGAGGAGGAGGAGGAUCAGGUAAUCUCUCACCAGCUUGCUGAAGAUGCUUUUGUUAUUUACUGGGAAAAGUACCAGGUUUUGUGCUGAACAGAUAAAGUGAUUCCCUGGUGCUGAAGAUUCCAGCCCUGGGAUCUCAGGAAACACAACCAUGUCAUCAGCUGGCAGUGACUGCCCGCACUUGGAGUCGGUUGGGGAGAUAACAAAAGAGGAGCUGAUCCAGAAAUCCCACGGCACUUGCCAGGACUGUAAAGUCAGAGGACCCAACCUUUGGGCAUGCUUAGAGAACAGGUGCACCUACGUUGGCUGUGGAGAAUCCCACGUGGAUCACAGCACCACCCACUCCCAGGAGACAAAACACUGUCUGACUGUCAACCUCACCACCCUGCGGGUCUGGUGCUAUGCCUGCAGUAAGGAAGUGUUCCUGGAUAGGAAGCUGGGAUCUCACUCUCCACUGCCUGGUGCAAGAUUGUCCCACCAAGCUCAAGAAAAUAGUGUGCAGGAUUUUAAAAUACCUAGUAAUCCCACACUGAAGAUUCCACUGGCAGCUGUGUUUGAUGACUUGGAUAUAGAAGUGGAAGAAGAUGAAUUGAAGACUAGAGGUCUAACAGGGUUAAAAAACAUCGGGAACACUUGUUACAUGAAUGCAGCUUUACAGGCUCUUUCCAACUGCCCACCUUUGACACACUUUUUUCUGGACUGUGGGGGCUUGGCCAGAACAGAUAAGAAACCAGCAAUUUGUAAGAGUUACCUCAAGCUGAUGACAGAACUCUGGCACAAAAGCAGGCCUGGAUCUGUUGUUCCUACCGGUUUAUUUCAAGGAAUUAAAACUGUAAAUCCAAUGUUUCGAGGCUACUCCCAGCAGGAUGCCCAAGAAUUCCUGCGUUGUCUGAUGGAUCUGCUGCACGAGGAGCUCAAAGAGCCGGUGGUGGAAGUGGAAGAUUCCCAACCUCUGAGCGCUGAGGAGAGCAUGGAGGAGGACAAGAGCCAGUCAGAGCUCAGCUUCCAGCCCUGUGAAUCCUGUGGCAACUGUGAGAAAGCAGACAGCGAGGCAAUUUUCAAACCUGUGCUGGAGGAUCCUGCAGAAACAACCAUGUUGAUCCAGGAGGACGACAACAACUCGGUCACAUCCAAAGACUGGCAGAAAGAGAAAGGACCAAGCAACAAGCUGAAAAGAGCAAACUCCCUGGAAGACUUGGAAAAAGACACAAACACCGCUGCAGACGCCACUGAAUUCCUGAAUAAUCAAACUGUCAAAGUGCAGAUACACAGCAGGUUCUCAGAAUACAUCAAUGAUGUCCACAUGAGUGACGUGUCUGCAGCCCCAACCCCCUCAGCAGCAGAGGGGAUGAACCCACGCUUAUCAAACAGCCCUCCCAAAUCCUUCUCAUCCUGCUCUUCGCUGGCCCCAGUCCACAAAAAAGUUCCAGCCGUGUCCUCCCCCAAGAGGAAGAGGCGCAAGAGGUACAGGAGUGUCAUCUCUGACAUAUUUGAUGGCACCAUCAUCAGCUCGGUGCAGUGCUUGACUUGUGACCGGCUCUCUGUAACUCUGGAGACCUUUCAGGAUCUGUCCUUGCCUAUUCCAGGGAAGGAAGAUCUUGCUAAACUCCACUCUGCAAGCCAUCAGACAUCUCUGGUCAAGACAGGGUCAUGUGGAGAAGCCUAUGCCCCCCAGGGCUGGAUAGCCUUUUUUAUGGAAUAUUUCAAAAGAUGUUUCAGGUUUGUUGUCUCAUGUGUUCCUAGCUGGUUUUGGGGUCCAGUUGUAACCUUACAAGAUUGUCUUGCUGCCUUUUUCGCCAGAGAUGAGCUCAAGGGUGAUAACAUGUACAGCUGUGGAAGGUGUAAAAAGUUAAGAAAUGGAGUGAAAUUCUGCAAAGUGCAAAAAUUUCCUGAGAUCCUGUGCAUCCAUCUCAAGAGGUUCCGCCACGAGCUGAUGUUCUCCACCAAGAUCGGCACCCACGUGUCCUUCCCCCUGGAGGGGCUGGACCUCCAGCCCUUCCUGGCCAAGGACAGCCCAGCUCAGAUUGUCACCUACGACCUGCUGUCUGUCAUCUGCCACCACGGCACUGCCAGCAGUGGACAUUACAUAGCUUACUGUCGCAACAACCUGAACAAUCUGUGGUACGAGUUUGAUGACCAGAGCGUCACAGAGGUGUCAGAAUCCACAGUGCAGAAUGCAGAAGCCUAUGUUCUCUUCUACAGGAAGAGCAGCGAGGAGGCUCAGAGGGAGAGGAGGAGGAUCUCGAGCCUGCUGAGCAUGAUGGAACCCAGCCUGCUGCAGUUCUACAUCUCCAGGCAGUGGCUGAACAAAUUCAAGACCUUUGCAGAGCCAGGACCAAUUUCAAACCAUGACUUUCUGUGUGUGCAUGGAGGUGUUCCCCCACACAAAGCCACCUUCAUAGAGGACCUGGUUGUGAUGCUACCUCAAAAUAUAUGGGAUAAUCUGUAUAGCAGAUAUGGAGGAGGCCCAGCUGUGAACCAUCUGUAUGUUUGUCACACCUGCCAAAUAGAGGCUGAAAGAAUUGAGAAAAGGAGGAAAAAUGAAUUGGAGAUGUUUAUUCGGCUGAACAGAGCAUUCCAAGAAGAGGAAUCUCCAUCCACAUUUUACUGCAUCAGCAUGCACUGGUUCAGAGAGUGGGAAGCAUUUGUGAAGGGCAAAGACAGUGAUCCUCCAGGUCCCAUUGAUAAUGCCAAGAUUGCAGUGACCAAAUGUGGCAACGCCGUGCUGAAACAAGGUGCAGAUUCUGGACAAAUAUCUGAAGAAACAUGGAAUUUUCUCCAGUCAAUCUAUGGUGGAGGUCCAGAGAUUAUCCUCAGACCCCCUGUUCCUCCAGCUGAACCUGAUAUACUGCAGACAGAGGAGAAGAUUGAAUUAGAAACUCAUGGUCUGUAGCUCCUGACAGAAAGAUGAACUUGUAAGGAAUCCAGCUUUUCCUUACAAAAUGCCCCAAAUGCAUUCCUAAAAGUUUGAUUCCCUUAUGCUGGAGGCACAGCUCCCUGGGCAUUCCAUUCACUGCAGAUUAGUAAGUUGAAAUCUGCAGUGCAAUCUGGUGAAAUAGCAGCUGUGUCUCGUGUUUUGAAAGCCACGUGGUUUGUACACUUUGGAAUGUUUGGUCAAUGGAUUAAAAAAAAAAAAAGAUGUAAUUUUUGAAUUUAUAAAUAAUCCUGUUCCAUCCUUAGACAUGAAAAACAGGGACAGAUUUUAGAGAUGUUCAGUAACCCU